GAAAAAACUACUCUCAGCGAGUGGUCUGUUUUUUGGGAAAUCCGAUCAGCCAGUUAACUGAAAAGAAAACAACUAUUGAAUGAUUGCCGGUGAAUGCAAACAUGCUGAAGUUAAUAGUUCUAGCUGUGGCAUGUCUGGCCGUUUCUGGCUCGUCAAACAAGAAAAGAGGAAUAAGGGAAGGUGCAUCGAGAGUUAAACGAAGUGAUAUUGCAUGUGGGGAAAACGAAUUUUUUUUCCGUGACAAGUGUUACCUUUUUUCCACGGAAAAGGUAUUGGGCGAUGUCACUAAAGGUUUGUGUGAAAAUUAUGGUGGCGAAUUGGUCUCGUUCUCCUCGGAUGAAGAAUUCGAUUUCUUGAAAGAUACCAUAAAAAUGGAUCCCAAUCUUGACGGAUUAAGUUACUGGACAGGAGCUAUAAACCAACGCCACAAGUGGCGGUGGGUCACUGGGGAAAAAAUUAAAAACAAGUACUGGGUUCAUGGGAAACCUACUAGUAAAAGAAAUCGCAAUUGCGGAAGCAUGUCCCCCGAUGAUGACUAUUAUCUUGUUAACUUGAAAUGUCGAGGUCAUUAUCAAGGAUUCAUCUGUGAGAGAGGAAACACGCCACAAAAUAGAUACGCAAUGGAAUCAGGCGGAUGCAAGUGUAUGGUAAGCGGUGACCCUCACUACAUGACCUGCGAUGGGAAAAAACAUGACUUUCAAGGAAACUGCACGUACAUAACUUUUCUUGACAACUUACACCCUGAUCAACCAUAUUUCAAAGUAAUGGCUAAAAACUCGUAUGACCCGAAAAAGAAGAAGAUGGUGACAUUACAGGAGCAUAUUACCGUGGAAAUAUUUCACCCAAGCUUCACUCAGAGCUAUACUUUCAGUUUCUCCAGGGACAACGUCGUGCACCUCAAUGGAGUCAAUGUUUCACCACCGUCAAAUCCCGAAGAAGGUAUACUGCUGACUUCAGUUGGGAAAAAGAUAAUGCUUCAAACAGUGUUUGGAUUUUGGAUGACUUGGGACUUCGUGAGCCGCACGGAAAUGAGAGCACCACCAGAGUACCGGAACAACAUCGGAGGCAUGUGUGGAAACUGUGAUGGCAAUCCCGACAAUGACUACUUCGCCCCGGACGGUAGCCUCACCUCAACUUCAAAUAUGUAUGGGAACAGUUGGAAAUCGGGUACAAGCUGUCCGGAUACCGAUCAGGAAGUUGAUGAAUGUAUACCAGAACGCGUGGCUCUUUACGGUGAGAACGAUAAGUGUGGCAAGAUAGGAGACACCUCGGGUCACUUCGCCAACUGCAUCAACGGCCUUGGUCAGGAAGUUGUUGACGAAUUCCUGCAAAACUGUAUCUAUGACAUGUGUUACAUUGGCGGAGACGAUACGCUAUGUCAAAGCAUUGGUUCCUUCUAUGACGAAUGUCUAUAUAAUGAAAUCGAGAUUGAGACCUUCCGAUCUGCCACAUUUUGUCCGCUCGAAUGCCCAAACAACAGUGUAUACAACCCCAGUGCACCUCCCUGUGAGAAUACCUGUGCUGAGCCGACAGCUGCUGAGUCCUGUCCCGACAAGAAUAUGGAGAUGUGUUUAUGCAUAGAGGGAUAUGUUCGCAGCGGAUAUGAGUGUGUUCCUUCUACUGAGUGUGGUUGCUUUGGAGCCGAUAACAUAUAUCGCGUGAGAGAUGAGACAUGGACCGACUCCAGCUCAAUCGACAAAUGCGCAGCCUCAGGUGAGACUGUUAUUUAUGAAAACUGUUCUGUUUUUAAUUGA